AUGUUCUCGCGCGGUGCGCACGCGACGACGAAUACCAACACUAAAAGAGCGCACAAAGCGAGAGCGCGAAAGUUCUUCGUUUUAGUAUUCUCCGCUCUUUUAUUGUUUUCGUUGGCGAAGGUGUUUUUGCGUGCCAAAGAGGACGACGAUGUUGAUGUCGCGCGAAAGCAGCAGAUGCAGAUGCAACAGGUGCAGAUGCAGACGCGGGGGAAGAGAAGAAGAAGAAGAAGAAGGAGCGGAGAACAAGAACAAGAAGAAGAAGAAGAAGAAGAGAGUGUGGCGAUGGAUGCGUCGAACAACGCGAGCGGGAGAAGGAGAGAUCAUGACGACGACGGAGAAGAAGAAGAAGAAGAAGAAGCGCCUUCCUUUCAUCCACCACCACCAACAACAACAACAACGACAGCGCCAUCAUCGCCUGUGUCUCCUCCAGCAGCAGCAUUUGCUGUUUCAUCGAAGAACCGACGUUUCGUGGGCGACAUCAAACUGCACGCCUCCCUGGUCUCGCUCGUCGAGCGGAGAGCGACGCCGAGGAAGAAACAACUGAUUUUGACAACCUUUGACGAACGGUCGUACGUGUUCGCGUUACAUCACGCGUUGAAUGUGGAGAGGGUGUUACGGGAGAGCGAGUUUAGCGAUAGUAGUAGUAGUCGUAGAGGAGGAGAAGAAGAAGAAGAAGAAGAAGAAGAUAUUGGCGGGUGGGUCGCGUUGACGUAUAAGGAAGAGACAUGCGUCGAGUUUGAACGGUUGUGGAAGUUGGCGCACGAGCACAAUUAUCGCGACGAAGACGUGGAACGAGGGAAGGAGAGACGGACGUUGAAGAGUGAGAUUGGGUGCGUUUGGGAUUCUCGGUUUAGCGGUCCAGACGGGACGGUAUGGACGGCGUUGAAUUAUAUUCACGAGAAUUUGGUGAGAGCGGUGACGGAACACGGACACUUGUUGUGGAUGGCAAGGUGGGAUUUGAUGGCAAGGAUUGCGUUAAGAGGCGUUCAAGUGAUUGGUUCCGAUGCGGACGUGGUCUUUACGACGAACCCGUUCCCGUUUUUGACUGAAGGCGCGUUGGGAAAGUUUACUGUGAUGAUUGCGGAGGAAAGUCACGAAAGUGGCCACGCUCAGUGCGGGAUGUCAUUUUUAAACGGCCAGAAAAUGAGAGCGGAUGGACCGAGCGUGAAGUUGAUCGCGGACGUGCCUUUUAUUUUAAGACGCGUGAUUGACGCGGCGAAAGACUUUCCGGAUUUUAGGAGGAAUUACCUGUACAGGAAGAUUACGAGAGAGAAAGAUAUCGGCCACGGGGUGACCAUCUUCUUCGAUCAACAUUUGUUCAAGGAUUCUAUAAUCACGCACGCGAGAGGACAUCGGUCGUUUACGUUUUUCUUUGGCGAUGGAAUCAACAACUGGGGUAACACGAAAGAUUUCAUGGAUGCUGGGUUAGGAAGAGAUCGUCAGCACAGUCACGGAACCGGCGGGUAUAAAUGGGAACGAGAGGUGAUGAGCGAGGCGAGCGGGUACGACGAAAUGCAACUCGAACGGUUCGGUAUUUACUCUGACGACGUACAAAAGCAUCACAUUUUAUGGACGCCGCUGACAAAUAAACCAUUAGGUAAGGAAUCGAUCGAAGACUUUAGUUCGUCUAAUGUUGGUGAAGGUCCGGAUGACUUUAAGAAGAUGGUGUCGUAUUUGAAGUCUUGGAAAGAGAAGAAGGAGAGAAACGAGCUCACGCAAGACGACGAGAAGAGAAAAGCGGAAGACGCGAUUGGCGCCUUGGAACGAUUGACGGUUGGCGCAACCGACGAAGAGAUUGCAGAAGGCCCGUUCUUAGGUAGCAAAGGAUACAAUCCGUUGCCUCCAAUGGAUAAUUUCGUGCCGAAUGGUAAUUUGCUCGCGCGAUCGUACAUCCUCGAGUUAGAACGCGAAAUCCGAGAAUCGCCACUUCCGAAACGGCACCCAAAAGGCAGAAAACCUUCGAAUGACGAAGAAGUAGAGGAAGAUGAUCAAGAAUUGUUCGCUUUCUUACCGCAGUGGCUCGUGCAAACGUGGCGUGUGGGUGCUCUCGGCACUUUUGUAGACCCGUCUAGAUUACGGGACGCGAAGAAGGACGCGAGAGCGGUGGCGUUCCACGCGACCAACGCUUGGGAUAAAGUAGGCACGUUAAAAUCGAUUGGGUUAUGGGACGAGCGCGUGGAUGUUGCUUUACGAGAAAACACCGCGCGUCACAAAUUGGCACACAGACAACGCGUCAAAGCGGUCGCGUACGUACCUGAAAUCGACUCGCAACCGCAAACCUUUUUACAAUUUGACGUCAAAGAAGAUUUCGUCCUCGCUGGCUUUUACGGUUUAGCGAUGGUGGCAAAGAAAAGCGGUCGAGAAAUGGUGGCGCCUCGACCACCGUGUGCAUCUAAAUGGAUUCGAUAUUUCACCGAUCAGAGAAGAUGGUUGGAGAAACCGUACAAGUUCCGCAAGUGCACGCACCCGUUUUGCGACGAGUGGAAAAUCGUCCCGGUGUUGCGCAAGAAUUUCAACGAACACGAGGAACGCGAGGAAAUGGAUUUAUCGAAGAAAUAUAGGUGCGAAAUUCAAGGCGAGUCGAUUAUUGACGAAGACCCGGAUCGGAACAAGAACAAAAGAUUAGCCUGGGGGAACGCGUGUAAACAUAGUCGCGACAAUCCGAAAGGUUUAGCGCCUUCAGAUUUGGAUUUUUACAUGAAAGUCUUCCCGGACGUAAAACCAAACGGCGGUGCGAAAAGUUUCGAAUUGCAAAUCCCAUCCUCAGCGGUAAAAGAUGAGAAAUCAGGUAUUUACUCGCUGACGGCGCAAGAGCUUUCUGAUAUGAUUCGAACUGCGGACGAGAACGCAGACGUGUGGUACCUUUCGAAACCUAUAGCGCCUGAUUUUACGAGAAACGCGACGACGGUUGAGGACAACGACGCGAACACGAUGAUGCGAUUCGAUGCUUUGCAUUAUUGCACCGUUUAG